UGUUCUCUUAUUCAUUUCCUUGCAAAUGGUCUUUUCCGGUUCACGUCUUGUGAGAGUGGACGUGAAUUGUAGUUGUUGAAGAAAUACUUAUUGUGUGGCCGAAAAAACGAUAAUCUAUCAAUAUGGAUGAGGAUUGGUCAAACGAAAUCCAGGGGAACACCGUUAUGGCCCCCAAGAUCGCCGAACUUCCUGAAAUCAAAUUGUUUGGUAGAUGGAAUUGCGAUGAUGUUCAAGUGUCUGAUAUGUCCCUUCAGGAUUAUAUUGCUGUGAAAGAGAAGAACGCAAAGUAUCUACCCCAUUCCGCUGGUCGAUAUGCCGCUAAGAGGUUCCGCAAGGCACAAUGCCCCAUCGUUGAAAGGUUGACAAACUCUCUUAUGAUGCAUGGUCGUAACAAUGGCAAAAAGCUGAUGGCUGUCAGAAUUGUCAAACAUGCCUUCGAAAUCAUUCAUCUUCUUACAGGAGAAAACCCACUCCAGGUUUUGGUGUCUGCCAUCAUCAACUCUGGACCUCGUGAAGACUCUACCCGUAUUGGUAGGGCGGGUACGGUAAGAAGACAGGCUGUAGAUGUGUCGCCUCUUCGAAGGGUCAACCAAGCCAUCUGGCUGCUCUGCACUGGAGCUAGAGAAGCCGCUUUCCGUAACAUUAAGACUAUCGCUGAAUGUUUGGCUGACGAGCUCAUCAAUGCAGCGAAGGGUUCUUCAAAUUCAUAUGCUAUCAAGAAGAAAGAUGAACUGGAACGUGUGGCAAAAUCCAAUCGUUAAAUUUAUUUUAUAUCUUGUGUUCUGUACACAAUGUACAGAGUAAUAAAAUUUCCAUAAGAAGUGUUA